AGUGAAAGAACAUUGGAAACUGUAUAAAAUGAAGUGUUUUUUAGUUUUAUUUGUUGUUAAUUUUAGUCAUAGAUUUGUUGAAAGCGCAUCUACAACCACGAAAGCGGAGUUGGAGUGCGAGUUCCCUCCUAAAAUGGAAGAGGAUCUUACGCACAUACGGAGGAAGCGAUUAACCACAGAGACUGGCCUGGUUUGCUUGGAAGACUACCCCUACACGGUUUCUGUUAGAUUGCACGGAAAACAUUGGUGUGGCGGCGCUAUUAUUGGCAAAUAUUGGGUAUUAACAGCAGCGCAGUGCUUUGAUUACGUGACAAAGGAAGAAGUGUCCAUACGCAUUGGGUCUGUGUUCCGGGACUUUGGCGGUAGGAUUCUAUCUGUAAUGGACAUCCGGCGGCACCCCAACUACAAGAUGGACCAAUACUAUCCGGAACACAACCUUGCAAUGGUGAAAGUGAAUUUGCCGAUUACUCCUACGAGCCGCAUGCAGCCCGUGGCGUUGGCGGUGGCUGACGCUGACCUACCUCCACUCUUUGGAGAGACGGUGGUCACUGGAUACGGAUCUGUGGUGACAGGACAAAUUCGCGAGGGCGAAAACCAAGAGCUCCGACGAAUGAUUGUGCGUGAAAUUCCUCGCGCAGAAUGCAGGCUGGUCUACGGCAACGAUUACCAUCUCCAACACGACAAUAUGUGCCUGCAGAGUGUUAUCAAAGGAAUCGCCUUAUGUGCGGGCGACACAGGCGACCCAGCGGUUCACUUCAGCGGCAUGAACCGCGCGGGGACGUUGUACGGCAUAGCACUGUUCUCAGGCACUGAAGAAUGUGCCUACAAGUCUAAACCUGGGAUAUUUGCGAAGGUGUCUUAUAGCCGUCUGUGGAUUGAUAAAGUUCUUGGCGAAAUAUCAGAGCACACGGAAAGCGCAGAGAGUGGUGAAAAUGCCAUCCCGCUCGAUAUAUAAAAUGUUAUGAAAUAAAUUAUUUGAUUGUUA